UGCGGGACGUUUUUUCUGCAAUUUAACAGGAUCAAGCUGAAAUAAUAUAGAAUUACUACCUAGAAUACGGUUGAGUGGUUCCUGGCGAGAUGGAGGUGAAUGCCAGCAAGCUGCGGCUCGGCGCCCAGCGAUUGCUGCAACUGACUGCAAAUGAGUCUGAAGACAACGUGUUUGCCCAAAGUUUACAGAAGUUUAUCAAGAAGCAGAAAUACGUUCCCCAAGAUGUGGAGCGACUGUUCCGGACGCUCAGCGAGCAACUGCCUCUGCCCGCUUACACGGUGCCCGUGGCCGUGAGUUUCGAGGAGCAGCUGCUCCUGCUGCUCUCCAUGUCGCUCCGCUGGGAUUCCGUCAGUCAAAGUUUCCGCCAGUAUCAGCUGGAGUGCGCGGCGCUGGCCAAGCUCAUGGAUUUCUCCCUGGAUGCGCAGAGAUUUGCCAAGAGCUAUUUCCAGGACAAGCCAGCUCCCUUUGAGAAAAAUCAGAGCGACGACAGUCUGCCCAGCAAGAAGUUAAAGAAUGGCAGUCCCACCGCCCAUCUGGAGGAACUGGAGCUCAUCACAUGCUGCUAUCAGUUGCUGAAAAGCGACACACCCUAUUUCCGGGAGCUGUGGGAUUGGUCCAGCUUUAUAGCCACCUACACACACAAGUCAUCCAACCCAAAGGUGCAGCUGUACUGCAACCACAUCAUGGCAAUGCUCACAAACAUGAGUGCCACCCAGCUUAACGCCCUGAACGAGCAAAUAUCCACUAAAACACGUCUGGAGUUCGACCACGAAAAGGAACAGGCAUGGACAAUAGCCAGAAGCUCGUUUGGCAGCUAUAAACCAGACGCCUCCGAUCAACUGCUAGGCCUGCCGCUGCAGGAAAUCAAUCAGGCUGUGACGAACAUCGAGGGUGUUCUCCUUCCCACUUUCAACAAGGAGAACCUGGAGUUCUAUGCCAGCAACGAUGGCUGCUAUGAUCGCAUUGUGAAGGUGGAUUCCACUGUGGUUAAUCUACGAAGCAUUGCCCUUGGAGUUGCAGCUGCCAAGCCCAUUUGCCUUUCGGGACCAGUGGGCUGUGGCAAAACCACGCUCAUUGAGUAUCUGGCACGAAAAACUGGACGCGUUUGCCCCAAGCCAAAUGAGAUUGCAAGUAGGGAGAAGGCUUUAAAAGAAGCCGAGGAGGAGGAGAAACUACUUACACCGAAAAAGAAGCCAAAGACGACAGGGAGCAAGCGAAAACUGGAGGAGUUGCCUCUAGAGGAACUGCUAGACUUGGGUGAGACGAGUCAAAAGAAUGGAUUUUUACGUAUACAGCUUGGAGAUCAGACCGAUAGCAAAAUGUUACUGGGCCAGUAUCGCUGCACUGAUGUACCGGGGGAGUUUGUUUGGCUGCCUGGCGUUCUGACGCAGGCUGUCAUGCAUGGCUACUGGUUGUUACUGGAGGAUUUGGAUGCCGCCACCCAAGACACCUACAUAAUUCUGAGUAGCCUUUUGGAGCGUAAAUGCCUAAGUGUUCCCGGCUUCCGUGAUUCCGUGAAAAUAGAGCCUGGUUUUCAGUUGUUUGUCACAGUGCGAACCAACAAAUCAGCCAGCAACUCAAGUCAAAAAUCGCUCUACUCGCUGUUGGACAAGUAUCUUUAUACCAUCAAUAUUCUACCACUUUCCCGGAAUGAACUCUGCAAAGUAGUCAGCAUCAAUUAUCCCAGGUUGGCUACGGUGGCCAAUCGAAUUGUGGAUGUGUUCCUCACCUUCUCCAGUGGCCAUCACACAUCAGCGGAUAACUUGAGGCAGCAGGAAUCGGGCGACAAGGCGGACAACACAGAGCAAUAUGUAGCCCUGCCCUUCGAGCAAGUUUCACUUUCCUCGAGUCCCAAUUCUGGCAGACUGGUGUCCACCCGUGACUUGGUGAAACUGUGCCACCGCUCCAACUCCCAGUUUUCGGUGACCAGUUCGGAAUGUGCGUACUUUGUCUUCCAAAACGCAGUGGAUGUUUUUUGCUCAUAUCUGUCGCAAAGCAAGGAAAAGAUCGCUUUGAUCACAAGCAUCGGCGCCAAGUUGGGCAUCAUCCGUUCUCGUUGCGAGCAUUUCGCAAAUGAAUACAAACCAGAUGUGGAAUUCGGAUUGGAGCACAUAAAAAUCGGAAGAGCUAGCCUUUUGGCCAAAUUGGAGUUGGAAAACGGUGAGAACGAGGACACGUCGGAGCAGGACCUCAAGCGACAAAAGUUAACGCAGCAAACAAGAAGGGCUAUUGGUAGAAUCAGCAGUAACAGAACAACGUUUUCCUUCACUCGUCUCGCCAGCUGCAUCCUGGAGCGGAUCGCCGUGUGUGUCAGCCACUCGGAGCCGGUUCUUUUAGUGGGUGAAACUGGAGUGGGAAAGACUUCUUCAGUGCAAUACCUCGCCGAGCGAACGGAGCACAAACUGGUGGUGGUCAACAUGAACAACCAAUCGGAUGUGUCAGAUUUGGUUGGUGGCUUCAAACCCGUCGAACUGAACUACGUUUUGGCCCCACUGACAAAUGAGUUCGAGUAUCUCGUCAGCGAAACUUUUAAUGAGGAGAAAAACUUGCAGUUCCUGCGCUUGUUUGCCAAUCACUAUAACAGUGGUCGACACGCUGUGAUCAUUCGAACCAUGCUCAAUAUCUGUCUACAGGUGGCCAAGAAUCCGGAACUAAAGCGGAAUAAGCUGCUUCCCCGCUGGCAGACGUUGCGAGAAAAGCUGCAGAAGCUCCAGUUGCAGCUGGACAAGAGCAUCAACAUCUCCUUUGCCUUCAUACCCGGCUCUCUGGUUAACUGCAUUAGCAACGGAGACUGGGUUUUGUUGGAUGAGAUUAACUUGGCGUCGGCGGAAACGCUGGAAUGUCUUUCAACCAUCCUCGAGCCUGAGGGCUCUGUGGUGCUCUUGGAACGCGGUGAUUUUACGCCCGUAAAACGGCAUCCAGACUUUCGCAUCUUCGCCUGUAUGAAUCCCAACACAGAUAUUGGCAAAAAGGAUUUACCCGUGGGCAUACGUAAUCGUUUCACGGAGUUCUUUGUGGAUGAACUCACAACGGAUGCGGAUUUAAGUUUGCUGGUUAGUGAUUAUCUGGCUAAUACUGGCAUCCAGAGGAAGUCCGUGCACAGCAUCGUCCAGUUGUACAAAUCCCUGCGGAAGCUGUCCGAACUGCAGUUGAAUGACGGCCUCGGGAAUCGUCCGGUAUAUUCCCUGCGUACACUUUGCCGUAGCUUGCGCAUUUGCGCGCGGAAUUUGUGCGGCUCCAUUGAGAGGAAUCUAUAUGAAAGCUUCUGCCUGAGUUUUCUCACCCAGUUGGAUCCCGAUUCGCAUCAUGUGGUGCUUCUUCUUAUCCAGAAUGCGUUGCUGUCGAAUGUCAAGGCCAUUUUGAGCAAGCAGUUGCCCCAGUUGGGUGAGAACUACCUAGACUUCGAGGGUUACUGGAUCCAGCCGGGCAACCUGGAACCGCAGCCAUGCACUCACUACAUCCUCACGGAAAGUGUGAAGAAGAACCUCAAGGAUUUGGCCCGAAUCAUCUCGAUUGGCAAGCUACCAAUUUUGCUCCAGGGACCCACCAGUGCGGGUAAAACCAGUUUGAUUGAUUACGUGGCCAGGAGGAGUGGAAAUCGCUGCCUGCGAAUCAACAACCAUGAGCACACGGACCUUCAGGAGUAUAUUGGCACCUAUGCGGCGGAUUUGGAUGGAAAGUUAACCUUCAGGGAGGGUGUUCUUGUGCAAGCCAUGCGCCAUGGCUACUGGAUAAUACUGGACGAGCUUAAUCUUGCGUCUACGGACAUUCUGGAGGCUCUCAAUCGUGUUUUGGAUGACAACAGAGAGCUGUACAUCGCCGAGACCCAAACCCUAGUGAAGGCUCAUCCCAACUUUAUGUUGUUUGCCACUCAGAAUCCUCCAGGACUCUAUGGCGGAAGAAAGACCCUGUCCCGUGCAUUCAAGAAUCGUUUUAUAGAGCUGCACUUUGGUGACAUACCACGAGGAGAGUUGGAGACCAUUUUGGAGAAGCGCUGCUUUAUUCCACCGACAUAUGCUCGCAAGAUGGUGCAUUGCAUGACCCAGUUGCAGCAACAUCGCCAGAAUACCUCCAAGCAGGUCUUCACCCUUCGUGAUCUUUUCCGCUGGGGCAACCGAUAUACCCAUGCGGAUAAGUCUCUGCAUGAGGACACUAAGUACGACUGGAAUCAGCAUCUCGUUGAGGAGGGCUAUUUGGUUCUGUCCUCAAAAGUGCGUUCGCAGGACGAACAUGAGCUUAUAGAGAAGACUCUUUUCGACAACUUCCGCAAGAAAGUGGAUCUCCAGCUACUGUUUGAUGUCCAAACCGAGAGGGAAAGCUCCUCCAUGGUGAGUAGAAAAAUCCUUGAUGCCAUAAGAAACUUUAAGCUGCGAGGAGACAUCGUUUGGACCCGGAAUAUGACACGCAUGGCUGUGGUUACCGCAAAGGCUCUGGAGUUCGAUGAACCUGUGUUACUCGUUGGUCCCACGGGUUGUGGAAAGACCACUGUGUGCCAGCUGCUCGCCAGCAUAGCGAAUGUCCAGUUGCGAAUCCUCAAUUGUCACAUGCACACCGAAGGAGCCGAUUUUCUGGGAGGAUUGCGACCUUGUCGUGGCAAGGAAUCUACUCAACUGUUCGAAUGGGCCGAUGGUCCCUUGAUAUACGCUAUGCAAGAGGGUUCCUAUUUUAUGGCCGAUGAGAUAUCCCUGGCUGAGGACUCGGUGUUGGAACGGCUAAACUGCAUCCUGGAAACAGAACGAACGGUGUUGCUGGCUGAGAAGGGCGGCGUCGCAGAGUUGGAUGCAAAUCCCGACUUUUUGGUGCAGGCCAAGCCGGGCUUCCAGUUCCUGGCCACCAUGAAUCCUGGCGGUGAUUUCGGUAAGAAAGAGCUAUCCCCUGCCCUAAGGAAUCGAUUCACAGAGGUCUGGUGCUUGCCCUCUGAUAACAAGGAGGACCUAAUUGAGAUUGCCUACAACUGCAUGAACCGCCAAAAGGAGCACGAAGGUCAGGUGAUCAACACCCACAAAGUGGCCGAGUACCUGGUGGAAAUAGUGCUCCACAUUCGCGAUACCAACGAGAAGUUCAAGUUCUCAGUGCGCGACAUCUUGGCCUGGGCCAAUUACAUGGUUAGCAAUGGAAAGCUGAGCUUUGCAGAGCAGGCUAUUUUUGGAUUGGAAACCAUCUUUCUGGAUGCACUGGAAAUGCUGCCCCAUGAGUCACAGGAGCAGGUGGAGCUGCUUAAAUCCAGUAUUGUCAAAGAGGCCAUCAAGCAGGCGGGUCUAAUCCUGGGUGAAAACUUUACAUUGGAGGAAGUGAGCCAGAAACGAGGAGUUGAAGUCCAGCUGGAUGAUAUCCGCUUUGGAAUUCGUCCAUUUUUCAUUGAUGUUAACCCGGAGCGCUUGACACCGGCUAAAGAAGAUUUCUUAUUCGAUGCUCCCACUACCAAGCAAAAUCUAUUCCGUGUGCUUUCAGCACUUUCCCUCCAAAAGCCAGUCCUCUUGGAGGGUCCACCUGGUGUGGGCAAGACAUCCAUUGUGGAGAGCAUUGCGGCUGCCAUUGGCUACCAAAUUGUGCGUAUAAAUCUUUGCGAACACACCGAUUUGGCUGAUCUGUUCGGAACCGAUCUGCCUGCUGAGGAUAACUUGCUAGAAUCAAAUGCAGCAUCUUCCGGCCGCCAAAUAGGCAGUUUUGUGUGGCGCGAUGGGCCACUUCUGGCCGCUCUGAAGGCAAAGAACACCUGGAUUCUGCUGGACGAACUGAAUCUGGCACCACAAUCUGUACUGGAAGGUCUCAACGCGGUGCUGGAUCAUCGUGGAGAAGUCUACAUUCCGGAGUUAAACAAAAGCUUCCAUUUGGCUGGCUCAACGCGUAUUUUUGCCUGCCAAAAUCCUUUAAAGCAAGGCGGCGGUCGUAAGGGAUUACCCCAGUCCUUCCUAAAUCGUUUUACCAAAGUUUAUCUGCGCAAGCUAUCCACCCAGGAUCUGCUCCAUGUGGUGGAUGUGAAGUACGGAAAGUACUUUGAUCAGUUAAGUGAAUAUUUCUUGAAAUUGUCGGACAACGAAGCUGGCGGUAAUCUUUUUGACAUAUAUUCGGGAAAGGGAGUUUCAGGAUCUUCGAGUCCUUUUGAUUUAUCUGCUCGUUUGGUGCGUUUUUCUGAGCAGCUCGAUCGUGGAGUGGCUUCCAUGGAGUUUGGAUACAAAGGAGGUCCCUACGAGUUUAACCUGCGUGAUAUUCUCCGCUGGUGCGAUCUGCUCCAUAACCCGCAAACUGGGUACAUCUUGGCAUCUUCACCGUCAUCCUUCCAGUCCGCUUUCAAGGAUUUCUUGCUCACUCUCUACGAGAGGAUGCAGUUGGUCUACUACCAAAGGAUGCGCUGCGACCAAGAUAAAUUGUACAUUCGAAAUGUAUUUUCCACCGUCUUCCAAUGCGAUGCCGAAGAGCUGAAUCAGGUUUCGGACGAUGUGGCUCUUUAUUGGACAGCAGAUAAGGUUUAUCUUAACGAUGUGGUGUUGGAACGGGAACAAGCCGAUGUCCUGGACUUGGUCUCCCGACAGGAGCAGUCACCUUUGCUGCUGGACAGCCAGAGGCAGCUGCUCAAGCAAAUCGUCGAGGCUGUGCACAUGGAGAAACCUAUACUGCUGUGCGGAUCCACAGAUAGUGGCAAAACCAAGUUGAUCGAUGCCCUCUGCGUGCUGUCCAAUCGGCUGUGCAAUACGGAUAUCAUUGAUGACUCCGUAACUGGUAGUUUCCAGCAGAUUGAUUUAAAUCGUCAUCUGGAAGUAAUUUACAAGAAGGUAGAGACGCUAGUCUUCGCCUGUGUUCAACGGGCAUUUGUCCAGCAGAUUCAGUCCGAGUUUGUGGAACACUUGUGGAACAACUGGAGCAGGUACAAUAGGCUGGCCAAGGUGACAGCAGAAUCCCAACAACACAGUGUGUUAGACGAACUGAAGUUGUUCAGCGAGCGCUUGGGAGCUUUAGGAAAACUCGUUGAGAUACUGGAGAGCACACCACAGAACUGCCAUGUUGAGGCAAUCCAGAAGUUGCCGGAAACCAAGUCUCAACUGCUGCUACUCCAAGCAUACUUAAAAACGGCAGAUUCCCUCAACACCGGAGGAUCUUUCGAAUGGGUGGACUCCCAAAUUGUGACCUCAUUAAAGUGCGGACAAUUCAUCUUGCUGGAGCACGUGAAUCUAUGUUCCUCGGCCGUUCUGGAUCGUCUGAAUCCUGUAUUUGAGCCAAAUGGCAGCUUACUAAUCGCUGAGAAGGGAAUAAGUGCUCAGGAUAGCGCUGAGGUGGUUUACAAAUCAAGGAAUUUCUGCGCUUUUCUAACCGUGGAUCCCAAGAAUGGAGAACUAUCGCGAGCCAUGCGCAACCGAUGUGUUGAGCUUUCCUUAUCCAGGGAUAACUACUCUGUAGAUGAUAUGCGUGCAUUUGUCCAUGAGCAAGGUGUGCACCAAACGGAGGCCAUAGAUUGCAUCCUGGGAAUUCAUAAGAGCAUAAGUCAGCUGACUGAAUUCAAUAACUACUCCAUCUCGCACCUUACGCAGUUUGCCUUCCUGAGCGCUGCCUAUAAGAGGAUUGGCUAUCAUCUAAAACGUGCCAUUUAUGUGGCCGCCAUGGAGGUUUAUGUAUACUCGGCUAACACGGAUUUGAUGGGCUAUGGAUUGUCGUACUACCAGAACAAACUGCGCGAAGUGGUGUUGGCACAGACAGAAGUGUUUGUUGAAGAUGCUACUGUCCAAGAGGAUUUACUCAGCGACGUUGUACUGAGUUCUGGAAACCUUAACUCCCUGACAUUGAUCAAACUGCAGGCCGUCGCGCUAAAAGUGUUACUGAAUGCAUCCUCAGGAGAAAAUAUUCCACAAAAGCAGUUAGCAACUCUAUUCCAGCAAAUGAAUAAUCUUAAACUGAAUCACUUAAAUCUCCAGCAGCUCAUUCGUCACAUCCUUUAUAUACUUUAUGAGUCAUCGGCCUUCGGCGAUUUGGAACUAAGACAUCUAUACCUACAACCUUGGCUGUCGGAACAUACUUCUAUCCAAGAGUUGUCUCGGAAUCUAUACACUUGCUUGCAGAAAAGGAGUUACAGUGUAAAAGGAACGUUGGUCAAUCUGCCCUGGAACCGAAAACUCUUUUCAAGACUCCGUGAUUACUCAACUGAUUAUGAAAGUUCUGAACUAAAGCCUCUAAAUUUGAGCGCUUUGCUUCUUGCACGCCUUGUGGUGAAUGACAUACCCUCUAAUUCAGUGACAACAGUACAAGAAAUGAAUGCACUGCAGUAUUCACAGGCCCUCUUCAAGCAAGAAGUGACUGAAAAGUACUUUAAUCAUUUCUUAGCGAAUCUCUCGAGUUUUCUCGAGGCUCUACAUAUUAGCUUGUUGGAGGAUUUGGAGGCAGCUGAUUUGGAUCUGCCGCAGUAUGCGCAAUUGGUCACACGUUUCCAUUGGUUCAAUCGAAUCUUGGCAACGGCCCAGCAGAAGCUGCUGUACAGCAAUGAGCUACAUGUCCCGCUGAUGCACAAGUUGGUGCUCCAUUUCCAGUGGCUGGAGAAGCACCUUCUGCGACCAUUAUUCGAACUGAAUGCCAAUAGUUCUUCUGAUAGAAAGCUAGCUAUUCAAGAAAGUGUUCUUAAAAUGAAAGGGUACAUCGAGGAGACUAGGCGCCCUCUGAACGUGUCUUGCAAGAUUUAUUCGAAGCAGUUCACACAGUUCCAGCCCUACUACCAGGAUCAACAGAUCCAACUCCACACUGAACUAGAGGAAUUGGAAAAAUUACUGUGUGUGGUACCGAGCUACGGCAACUUGGAGUUGUCUUCCUGGCUCAAAAGAUGGCAGCUUCUUCAAUCUGAUGAGGCCAACAAGUGGCGUUCCUUCCAGCGUAAGAACAUACAUGGUUUUCAACUCAAGCCCUUCGAAUUGAAUGGCGCCCUGUCGAGUGAGACACUGCUAUCCCGCCUGAGAAGCCUGCAAGGGAAGCUGAAGGAAGCCCAGGAAAACCAUACAGAAAAUGGAUUUGAUUUGGAAUUGGAUCUCAAUGGUAUCAAGACCCUUUUGGAAACCGAAACGGAAGACAGUCAAUCAUAUAUUAACCCAGAUGGUAUACCUACCAAUAACCCACAACUAUUACUCGCUGCUUUACGGGAAUUAUUCAUGGAGCGUCUGUUGACGGGAACUCUGCGUGAAGACUUCGAUGAGCAAGUGAAUCCUCUGUACACGGAUCAGUGGCUCACCUUGAACAGCAAUCUUUGGCACUGCCUGAAGACGCUCCAGAGUGCUUCGCAUUCCGAUGUCACAAGUGCUUGGAUUGAAAUUAAGAAGGAAUUAAAUGAGCUGCAGGACCAGAAGGAGUUUGCAACGCUGCUGGAAAACAUUGGUAGCAGCUACAAGGGAUUACGCACAUAUCAAAGACAGUAUCGUAACUCCAUUCAAUGCUACCAGUUGGAGAAUCUAUCCACCCGCCUAGAUUGCGUUCAAGGUCCUUCUGAGGAGGACGCCACGGAAAUAUCCAGUCGAUUCAGUUAUCAGGGUCCAGCCUUAUCAGGUGUCUUUUUAUCACUGAUAUGUCAGUCAAAUGGACAGCUGCGAUCGGUACCACUCAGCGAAUUGCAGGAAUGGCGAUCCUCCCUGCAGCAAACACGACAUCUGCUGUGGGAGAAUUCUCAGCUACUAAGUCCCAAAUACAGCAGAAGGGUUAAUAACCUUUCGCUGGCGCAGGAAAAUGCCAGUCAACUGCUACAAGAGCUGGAAUAUGUGAGGCAUUUAAGUCAGCAGGAACAGAAACCCAAUCCAGGCUUCGAAAACUGUACCCAAGAACUGGGAAUAUUGCUUGAAAAUCUGCAGAAAGACAAUAUCAAGAAUGACUCCAUGACAACAGCUUUUGAUGUUUCCCUAACUAAUGCACUUGUGGGAGCCAUAGAGCUAUGCCUGCUCACAAAUGCCCCGUUGAUUGAUCCCGUGGAAAAGAAUCGCCUAAAGAAUCAAUACAUAGUGGAGGAUAUUGAUUGCCUUAGCACAUUGACUACCGCCUAUGAUUUCAUGAAAAUUGUAAUGAAAUACCGGCACUUUGGCGAGGAGAUAUGCAGUCAACUGGAGGACAGAUUAAAGACUGCUCACCAGCGACAGCAGCAGCUUUCGCAGAAGUUGGCCUUGCGUCCGGAACAGUGUCUGUAUGCGGCUCUCGUACAGGAUCUCACCCACUUUCUGCACUCGAACGGCGACUGUGAGUCGCUCUACAGGCUGUUCCAGCUUAUUAGUUCUGAAUGGGGGAGCUUUAAAGGAUCCUCUGCGGCGACAAGUGCGCAGCUAAAGAGCAGCACUGAGGCGUUGGGUAAACUGGAGCUGUGGCUAGCCAAUGCCCAGAGAUUCGUUCAUCACACCCUCUCCAGGUACUCUUCAUACUACCAAGACUUUGUGGAGCCAAUCAAAUGCGCUGUUAACCAAAUGCGAUUUGGACUGGAGUCCCUCAAGGUGAUCUUUGCCAGAGUGCAGAAGGCAGGAAGCGUUUCGCAGGCGGAGCAGCUGCAGCAAAUAAUCGGGGAUAUUGUUGAAUUCCCAUCCCAGCAGCCAUUGGUUAUAAGGAAUAGCAGGCUCUAUGGGUUACUUGCCGAGCUGCCGCACAGCGAGUAUGAGUACUUCCGUUUGCUGAAAGCUAAGUUGAGUGAGCUAAGCAACUACAUCGCACUGGGCAGUGUAAUAGAUGAAACCACCUUUGCGGCCUACGACGAUGCGCUCAGCAUCUGCAACCAGACCUGGCAGCAGGAGGAGCAGCGUCGCUGUCAACUCAAGGCGGAGGCAGAGAGUCUCUAUGUGACCAAGACCAAGGGAGGAGUCGAUAGUGACGAGCUCAUCGAGAUGCAGGAAAUCGAGCAGAAUUUCCCAACGAACAUAGACGAAGACUUUGCCGAGUUCGUGUCGCAACCCACACUGGAGCAGGUACUGAAACUGGACAAGAAGGCCAGCGCCAAGACCAAGCAGGCUCAGAUAGUGGUUGAAGAGGAUUAUGCUUUCUUGGCGCGCAACUUCAUCGAUGUGAUGAGCCAGCAUACUCCGGUUUACUACAGAGAGCAGCCUAAGACUUCGAAGGAAUCGGAGCUCCAUCUGCUCGCACCUUACCGAGCACGCUUCCAGGUCUUCGCGCACUUACAUGGUCACUACAAGACAGCCUUGGGAUCGAAUCUGGAUGAAAGGGCUUGCAAUGGAUUGGCCUUUGGACUGGCUCUGCAGCAGAAACAGCUUAGGGACAUUGAAUUGGAGGAGGGAGCUGCCAGUUCCCCGUACGAUUUUUACAAGGAUUCAAAUAUUAGUGAAAUUCAAAGCUGCCUGGAUGUUAUGGUGCGGAUAGAGAAGCGUGUGCUGGAACAACUAGAACUGUAUCCUGAGCACGCUGGCCUGGCGGACAUCAAGCUGGUCAUCUCACGCAUUCGUCGACUGCCGGCCCAUGCCCCUGUGGUUCGAUUCAACACGGGAUUCCAGCUGCUGAGACAGAAGUUGGCCCUCUGGAAUGAAGUGGCUCACAAGAACAACAAUCUGGUAUCGGAGGAAAUCGAGGUGGCCGAGUUUGUUCAGCGCUGGACAAGAUUGGAGCUGCAGCACUGGCGCAAUUGCCUGGGACAAACAGCCGCCCAAGUGGAAUUACAGGCCUAUCGGUACUGGUUCUUCAUCUAUAACCUCCUGCAGCAGUUCCUGCAUCAAAAGCAAAUGGAUCAGUCCUAUACCGACAUCAAGUUUGCAGAGCAACGCUUUGCCCAGGAGCAAUUGCUGGAUGCCCAGGAUUUGGGACAAGCUCAGCGCUUGGAGUUGCCCCAAGUGGUGCGCAUCUUAAGACAGUUUGUGGAGGCCUCUUGUUACGGCGAUUUCCAUAUUCGACUGCAACUCCUUCACGGAUUCGAAUUGUAUCUGCACAAUGUGGAGAGAGCCGGAAAGGUUGAAGGAUUGCCUCCUCUGAUUGCAGCGCUGCAUAAUCUUCAGCUGUAUUUCUCGCAGUUCUCUGGGGAGAUUGCAGACUCUGCGAAAUCACGACGUUUGCCCAUCGAAAAGAAGUUGAAGGAGUUCGUGAAAAUCCAGAGCUACAGCAAGGACUUGAGCUACUUUAGCAUGCGCAACAGUGUGGCCAGCGUGCAUCGGAACCUGAACAAGUUCCUCAAGGAAUACCGACUAGCGCUGCAAGAAAAGAUCACCGAGGUAUUUCAGCCCAAGGACUCCACUGCCAAGGACUACACCUUUGGCACUGACAAGGGCAAGGGUUUGAGGAACUACAACAAAAUCAAGUAUCUUAAUACGGAGCGCCAGCAGUUCGUGGCCAGUGAGAAGCUGCUGGAGAAGUUUGCCAUCCCGGCGGAGUUUGUGUCGGAGAAUGCACUGCUCCAACGCCUGGAGAAACACUUCCGAACUGCGCGUCAUGUGGUCAAGAAAACCUUGGGUCAGGUUCCAUACGGCGAGCUAAUCACGGACAUGGAUGACUUGCUGGCCAGCCAGCUGGAGCGGUGUGAGCACCUGCGUUCCCUGAAUGUUGAUCGGUCGAAGGAGAGACCUCAACAGAAGCAGGAGGCUAAGCAGAUCCUGCAGCAAAAGCGCAAAGCUCUCACGGAUCUCUUCAAGAUGCUCCAUCGACUGGGUGCCAGCUAUAAGAGUGGACUUUUGGAGCUCUCUCUGCGCAACGAGUUCGAGGACUUCCAGCUGCCUCCUUACUCCAUUCGCUCAAUGCUGCCUCGACUCCAUCCCAGUGCCCAGCAGUUGGAUGAGCACCUGGACUUGUACUACAUGAAGAGUGUGUUCAAGUUGAAGCUUCUGCAAAACAUUAUGUUGACUCCCCUUUCGGAGCUGGGCCCUCCCAACAUUGAACGCAUCAAGGGCUUUGCUGUGGACCUGUUCCUUUUGGUGCAGCAGCAGCGGGAACAGCUUUCUGGAUCCACCAAAGAGCUGCAUGAGCUGAGGAAUUCGCUUGACAGCUUGCGUAAACUGGCCGAGAUUGUUCCGGAGGCCGAGAAUAAUCCGGCUACCCUAAGCUUCGUGAGGAGUGCAGAUAUAGCAACGGAAAUAAAACGUAAUCUUUGCCAGAUUCACUACGUUCUGAAACAGUGGAAGCUGCUUCUAAGUUGUGCUCCGAGAACAUUUAACGAAAACUCUGGCAACAGUUUACUGGUUAGGACCGUUCCCUUGCCCCAAAUCGAACUGCAGGAUUUAAGUAGACAGAUCCUGAGCAGCAGCCAAAAAUUGCUAAACGAACUGAACUCCGCCAAUCUGGAGUUCCUAUCUAGCGAGAAGUGUGACUAUUACCAGAAGAGCUAUCAGCAAAUUCUUCAGAUUAUAGAGAAGACCUUGGCGAUUCUUCGAGUGGGUCAAAAUGAUCAUUUGCCUUUGGCGCAACCACUCGUUGAGCUCCUGACUAGCCUGAGAAAGGAAGAGACCACAGAGAUUACCUCAGAGUCCAUAGAUCUGGCCAAUGCGGACACAGAGUUGGCCAACAUUGCGCACAGUGUGCUUAUCUCGCUGCAGAAGAUUUACAAACACCACGCAAAGCCCGAAGAAAGACCAGAAAAUGGCGAGACAAGGGAGCAGGAUCAGGAGUCGAAGGAGGCGCUGCAAGAGCAGCAUCUGAAGAAGUGCCUCACUGGGGAACUGUCCUCGGACUGGCAACAGCUAAGCCUGCCCCGUGUGCUCGGUAAGCUCUCCAAUGUACUCUUGGUACUAAAGCACUCCAAUGCCGAAAAUCAGGAUAAGCUACUAUGCGUAAGACGAGCGAUAGGUCUGCUGCCGAUUUUGGAACAGUACCAACUACUGGCGGACUAUUUGCUGCUCCAGCAGCUGGCCACCCACAAAGUUUCUGCCAAGAUGAUGUCCAUAGUGCUGACCGUAUUCGUGGAGAUCGGCAGCAAGGGCUUCUGUGUGCCUCCGGAUCUAAUGCAAGAUGAGGAGGGACAGUCUAAGCAGGACUCUAAGAACGGAGAGGGCUUCGGUCUAGAGGAUGGCACUGGGGAGAACGACGCCUCUGACAAAAUCGAGUCCGAGGACCAACUGGACGAUGCAAAGCGGCCGGAGGAUCGUAAGGACGAGGGCGACAAGCAAGAGCCAGAUUGCAAGGAGGAGAAAGGCAUUGAGAUGAGCGACGACUUUGAUGCCAAGAUGCAGGAUGUGGAGAAGCCCGAGGAGGAUGACAGCGGGGAGUCUGAAGAUGAGGAGGAUCUGAACAAGGAAAUGGGCGAAACGGAGGAGGGAGCUGAGAAGCUAGACGACCAAAUUUGGGGUGAUGACGAGGAGGAAAAGCCCGAGGAGGAAAAGGAACCUGAGAUGAACGAGGAGGAUCAGGGCAAGGGCAGCAAGGACGAGAAAGAUGCGCACAACGACUUGGACACAAAGAACGAUGCGGCCAAGGAGGAUGGUAAGGAUGAGCACGAAAAGGACGGCUUGGAUGCCACCAAUGAGCCCAGCGGCGAGGACAAACGCAAGGAACAGGCUAAGGACAUUGACGACAUGAAAGAUCCCGAAAUGGAUGAGGAGCAGACUAAUGCAAUGCACAACGAGCUGGAGGAGCCGCCAGAGCCCGAGGAAAUGGACCUGGGCGAUAUGAAUAACGUGGAUGAGGGUCACGACGAUCAGGAGGAGCAGCCCACAGACGAGAAUCCCUUUGACAUUGAUGCUAUGAAGGAGAACAUGCAGCCGGCUGAGGAACCCGAAGCAGACGCUGAGGAGGAGCCUGCUGCAGAGGAGGAGAGCGGUCCUCAAAGCGACGGCAGCGACUCCGAAGAAGAUGAGGCGGGUACAGAAGCGAAGGCAGGUCCAGAAGACCAGGCCGACGGUGAAGAUGCUUCUCCCGAAGAUGAAAAAGAAGAGCCGGAAACACAGACACGCGGUGAACUCGAGGACGAGGAUGAACAAAAGCCGGAGGAUACCCCUGAGGACUCCAAAGAGGAGGAGGAGAAACGCGAGGAGAAGCCGGAGCAGCACUCAGAGUCUAAGGACAAGGCUAGCAAGGAGGAAAAUGUCCAGUCUAUGCCGGAGACGGACCAGAGUAGCUCAGCGGACCAGGUGCAGCAACCGCAGGAUCCGGAUAUUAAGCAAGACCAGAAGCUCGAUGAGCAGGAGACGGGCGAGGAGAAGGAUGGGGUUGGCCAGGCCGAGAACGAUACCAACGAUGGCGGCCAUCAAGGCAUUGCGGAAACUCAGGAAACGGUGUCCCAGGAGGAUCGCAAAAACGAGAGGCAAACGCAGGAGAAGCGCAAGCAGGGACAAACCAACGAAGAGCGAUCCCUAGGUGAAGCCGAGCAGAACAAGUUGAAGCAACUCAAGACAAUCGACCAACUGAAGGAAUCAAAGGAAUCGGAUGAAGCGGACCAGGAGAAACCGGAACCCACAGAGGAGGCGGAGGCUGAGGAGUACCAGCAUGUGAAGGAGCCGAAAAACAGCGACAAAACCACACUGGACAAUGCCACCGAGGAACAGUCGAAGAAGAUCCAGCACCAGGAGGAAGAGCCGCCAAAGGAAGAUGAAACAGAGACCGAGAACGUGGAUGAGUUGAUGGAAACAGACGAGCCAGCCGCCGAUCCUGAGGAUGAUACUGAACUCGAGCAGCUGGGUGCCGAAAAGACGGAGCAAAAGUCGGACAAGCCCUCCAAAACCGAGAAGUCUAAGGAGCGCUUGGAAAACCCUGAGAGUAUGGAGAUUGAAGGCGAGGUGGUGCCCACCAUGACGGUUCCUCGCAGUUCGGAGACUACGGCGCACAGCAACGUCGAAAUCCUUCUGGACAAGAGCUCGCAUGCGGAGGAGCUAAGCUCAGCGGAACAGAUUGAACUCAGGCAACAGUAUCAACAGCAGUUGACCACAUUCCGAGGAGCACAGCCGCAGCACGAGGAUUACGAGAGCUGGCAAAGCAUUUCCAAUCGAAUGACCCAGAAUGCCCGCGAGCUCUGCGAACAGUUGCGCCUAAUCCUGGAGCCCACCAAGUGUACACGGUUAAAGGGCGACUAUCGCACUGGACGGCGCAUUAACAUGAAGAAAAUUAUCCCCUACAUUGCAUCGCAGUUCCGCAAGGACAAGAUCUGGCUGCGACGCACAAAGCCAGCGCAGCGGGACUACAAGAUCACCAUCGCCAUAGACGACUCCAAGUCGAUGCACCACAACAACUCCAAGACGCUGACUCUGGAGGCCAUCUCCCUGGUGUCGCAGGCGCUGACGCUGCUGGAGAGCGGACGCCUGAGCAUUGUAUCCUUCGGAGAGGCGCCACAGAUCGUUUUGAAUCACACGGAGCAGUUCGACGGGCCGCGCUUAGUAAAUGCCCUGAAUUUCGCACAAGACAAGACCAAAAUAGCCGGCCUUUUGGACUUUAUACGCACUGCCAAUGCGGAGGAGAGCGGCUUGGGCGGCGACAAUGGUCUGUUCGAGAACCUUUUGCUCAUCCUCAGCGAUGGACGCAAUAUAUUCAGCGAGGGUGCGCAGAAGGUCAGGAACGCCAUCAAGCUGGCGCGGCUGCAACGCAUCUUCUUGGUUUACAUUAUCAUCGACAACCCGGACAAUAAGAACUCAAUUAUGGACGUACAGCAUGUGGCGGUGAACGCCGAUGGAUCUGUGAACAUUAGUUCCUACCUGGACAGUUUCCCAUUCCCCUACUAUGUGAUAGUUCGGGACCUCAACCAACUGCCGCUGGUGCUCAGCGAAGCUAUGAGGCAAUGGUUCGAGCUGGUCAACAGCGAGUAACUCCCUUUUCAACAACCGACGCUAUUAAAAAUAUAGUCAGAAACAAAUGACUUAUCGUGAAGAUAAUAUAUAACUAUUUUUCUUUUUAGAAUUAAUACUAAAGCCUUUAUAUAUGGCCUAGUUAUAAAUACUACAUGUAAAUAAUAAAUUGUACAAAUUGAA